AUAUUCGCGCUUCAGUCCAACGCAACCCAUUUGACUCAAAUCGCUCAAAGUUGUACGUGUGCGUUUCCUUUUCUCAUUCUCAGCCCUAAAUUCUCUCCUUCUCGGCGGGAUUGCAGUCCAAAUCUCCUCGAUCGUCUCCGAUCAAACCGCGCUACCAUGGCUAAUGCAGCAUCAGGAAUGGCGGUGCACGACGAGUGCAAGCUGAAGUUUAUGGAGUUGAAAACUAAACGAACGCAUCGCUUCAUUAUAUUCAAGAUCGAGGAGAAGCAAAAGGAGGUCAUCGUGGAGAAACUCGGCGAACCUGCCGAUUCUUACGAGGAUUUCACUUCCAAUCUUCCUGCUGAAGAAUGCCGAUAUGCUGUUUACGACUUUGAUUUCAUGACAGAGGAGAAUGUCCCUAAAAGCAGGAUCUUUUUCAUUGCUUGGUCUCCCGACACUGCAAGGGUGAGGAGCAAGAUGAUCUAUGCGAGCUCCAAGGACAGGUUCAAGAGGGAACUAGACGGUAUCCAGGUGGAGUUGCAGGCGACGGAUCCAUCUGAGAUGGGUCUCGACGUCUUCAAAAGCCGCGCAAAUUAAAAAUAAAAAUCUCGAGGUUAGCUUGCUGCCUUUGUUUGAGAAUUACUUUGGGUAGCUUGUUGAAACUAUGGUACUCGAUCGACUAUUUGGUAUGAUUGAUUGAUAUUCAUCUGUUGUUGAAGCUUUUAUAUCUGUGUAGUAUUCGAUUGGUUUUCGUCGUCUCUUUCGAUCGAAUCGCAUUAUUUUCGAUCGAAGUUUCUGUGGUUUGGAUGGAUUGUUGUGGCGGGUACACAAUCAUCGAUUUGGGAAAUUAUAUUUUGGAAAUGUAUUCUUGAAUUGUGGUUUGUUUGUUUUGUGGAUAUCAAUUUUCUACGUAUGCUUCGAUCA